AUGUCUGAAGGAGGCCAGGGCGAGGAGGGCAAGGCCGCGCGUCCGGCGGCCGAGGUGGCUCCCGGUCCCGUCCCCUACAACGUGAGCUCUUCGGGCCAGGCCCAGGCGCGGCCCUUGCCGCGGUCCCCACAGGCCAUCAUCGGCAAGCCGCCCUUCCUACAAAGUGCCAAGCUUGCGGAAGCCGUGGCGAACAGGGGCUUCUGCUUUCACAGCGCGGAGGGCGACCUGCCGCUGAGGCCGCGAUCUCCGCGGGUGGUCUUCCGCACGGCGGGCCGGCAAAGCACCGACCCUCCGGCUCGGCAGGCUCCUUCGCCUUCGCCCCCGCCACUGAGGAUCGGCCACACCCCGGGCAUUGGCCAGAGGCGGGUUAGCUUCACGCAGGCUCCUCGAAACACCUUCCAGUUCAUCGGGAGAGACGCAGACGCGAGGUAUGGGGGCCCCGGCCCCAGCUCCGAGCUCUAUCGGGAGAGUCCUCGGGAGAUCCGAGGAGGUGUCAUGGGGACGGCGAAGCGCUUCAGAUCCACGAGCCCAGGAGAGGACUGCGGACUGCGGCACUGCGAGCGCAGGACUCCUGGACCGCACCCCUGGGCCGCAGAACUACUCGGAGACUUCGGCGGCUGGCAUUGGGCGGUUCUGCGCUUCGCGCUCUGGCGGCGCGGGGGUGGCGCCGGCAGCGCCAGCGGCUUCCUCGCGUCGCCUCGAGAAGCCGCUCAGGCGCGAGAGGCACGAGAGGCUCAAGCGGCGGCGCGGCUGGGAUGGUCUCUGGCGCCGGGACUUCUCUCCUUCUCCGCGGCCUCCCCGGCCUUCGCAGAUGAUCCGCAGUCGCCGGAGGACAUGCUGGCACAGCUGAUCAAGAAGGCAACGGGCCAGGACGGUGAGAGCACAGCGGAGUCUACGCCUUCCCUCUUCUUGCUGGGCUUUGGGGCCUUGCUGCUCUACGGGGUCUUCGCGGUCUUCAAGUUCCUGCUGGCGGCCGUGGGUGGCCUCUUCGUCGUCCGAGAGAUCGACCAGCAGUUUGGCAAGGAGGGCCGCAAGACCUCCAAGUUCGUGGAGAAAGCACUGCGGCGCAUCGCUGGCGAACCUGCCGAUCUGCUGGAGGAGAGACGGCUGAAGGUGGUCCGGCUCAACGACGAGGUCGUCAGCUUCCGCGCGGCGCUGGCAGAGCAGACCUCAGGACCCUCAGCCGGAGCCGCUCUGCGAGAGCAAACACGGCGCCGACGCUUCGCAGAGACCUGGCAACAUGCGCUGGAUGACGUGCCCAUCUCACAAGCAGAACGGCAGAAGGUCGAACAAGCCGUGGAGAAGUACAUGACCGCGGAGACGGAGCGCCAGGAGGAGUUUCGUGAAGCUCGGGGCCAGUGGCUCGCUUCCCUCUUCGAGAGCUCUUUCUUUGGUGGCAUGUCCAGCCGGUUUCAAGUGACUUCGAGCCUGGACAAGCAAGUCCGGCUUCAAGAGGAGCUCAUCUCUGACAUCAAGAAGGCUGUGCCCGACACGAAGUUCGAGAACUUGAAGAAGGUUCUGUCUGAGAACGUGGACCUCACCUGGCUCAUCGACCAGGCGCGAUCGGCGGGAUCGGGAUCAGAGACACCUUUGGUCUACGUGCUCUCCUUCGACGGGGAUCCCACGGCCGCCGGCGUGGAGCUGUUGGCCAAGGAGGUCACAGCGGUCCUGGAAAGCACCGACCCCGUGAAGGAGGUGGUGCUGAAGCUGAAGUCGCCUGGAGGUACGGUCACGGGCUACGGCCUGGCGGCGGCACAGCUCCUGCGCUUUCGGCAGCGGGGCGUGCGGCUGGUGUGCUGCGUGGAUGAGCUGGCAGCCAGCGGCGGCUACAUGAUGGCCUGCUGCGCUGAUCGGAUUCUGUGCUCGCCCUUUGCAGCCGUGGGCAGCAUCGGCGUGAUUGCAGGGGUGCCAAAUGCGGUGGAGCGCUUGGACCGGGAAGGGCUCAAAGUGAUCCAGACCACCGCCGGCAAGUGGAAGAGGACGAUCGACCCUUUCCAGGCACCCACCGAGGAGGCGCUGGCCAAAGCCGAGGAGGAUGUGAACCGCAUCUAUCGGCAGUUCUCCAGCUUCGUGAAAGGCAACCGCCCGAGUCUCAACAUUGAGGAAGUGGCCACGGGCGAAGUGUGGUUUGGGGCCGAUGCGCUGGAGAAGGGCUUGGUGGACGAGCUCCAGACCAGCUCGGAGUACUUGCUUGGGCAGAUGAAGGAAGGCCACGAGGUGCUGAGCCUGAGUUAUAACAUGCAGAGUAAGGGCCUGGGGAGUCUGGUAGGGGCGGUAGGCUCCUUGGCAAAUGCAUCGGAGUUUGCCGAAGCCUUGCGGCAAUCCGGAGAUCCGGCAAAAUCCCUCGCCGAGUCAGAGGCGCUCAAGGUCGCUUCGAAGCUCCUUCAAAGUGACUCGACUUGGCCGCCUUCUCUUCCAGAGCCGCGUGUCCAAGCCCGGGGACCCUUGGGAUCUUUGGGAGACCGUGGUUUCUAA